UCUCAUUUCAGAUAUUCCCAAAUAAACAUUAGAGAAGUUCGCCACGCUUUCUAGGAAAAAAAACCAAACAAAAUGAAAUUUUUAUUUGUUAUCGUUGUUGCUCUAAUGAUUGCCGGUAUUGGCGCCACAAAUGUCAAGGAGUGCAAAAAAGGUCAACCCUUCCCCCUCAGUGUGGACAUAGUUGGAUGUGAUGAAAUGCCCUGCAAUGUUGUCAAGGGUACCACAGCCGUUAUGUAUGUCCAUUUUGUUGGAACCAAGGAUAACAUUCGCAAACUGAAUGCUGUCGUACAUGCCACCACCUUGGGCAUAACUGUUAAAUACGAUUUACCCGAAGAGGUUUCCAAUGUUUGCGAUAAUCUCAUGUACGGUGCCACCUGCCCCAUCGACAAGACCGAAGAUGUGGUCUAUGCUUUCAAUUUUUACAUUGACUCCAGCUACCCAGAGAUUUCGGUCAGUGUUCAGGUGUCAUUGAAUGAUGAGGAGGACGAUUCCAUUGCCUGUUUUGUUGCCAACAUCAAAGUGAAGAGAGGCUCCACCAACACUCCUUUGUUGGAGAAUGGAUCAGCGUAAUUUUUGUCAAAAAUAAUAAUGUAUUAAUUAAGAAGUUUUUAUAAAUUA